AUGGAUCUGACAUUAGACCUACUGAUGAACCUGACACUAGACCUACUGAUGGAUCUGACAUUAGACCUACUGAUGAACCUGACACUAGACCUACUGAUGGACCUGACACUGGACCUACUGAUGAACCUGACCCUAGACCUACUGAUGGACCUGACACUGGACCUACUGAUGGACCUGACACUGGACCUACUGAUGGACCUGACACUAGACCUACUAAUGGACCUGACACUGGACCUACUGAUGGACCUGACACUGGACCUACUGAUGGACCUGACACUAGACCUAUUGAUGGACCUGACACUGGACCUACUGAUGGACCUGACACCGGACCUACUGAUGGACCUGACACAGGAUCUACUGAUGGACCUGACACUGGACCUACUGAUGGACCUGACAGUGAACCUACUGAUGGACCUGACAAUGAAUUUACUGAUGGACCUGACAGUGAUCCUACUGAUGGACCUGACACUAGACCUAUUGAUGGACCUGACACUGGACCUACUGAUGGACCUGACACCGGACCUACUGAUGGACCUGACACAGGAUCUACUGAUGGACCUGACACUGGACCUACUGAUGGACCUGACAGUGAACCUACUGAUGGACCUGACCAUGAACCUACUGAUAGACCUGACAAUGAACCUACUGAUGGACCUGACAGUGAACCUACUGAUGGACCUGACAAUGAAUUUACUGAUGGACCUGACAAAAGAUCCUGUCAGGAGGACUGCAGGGCUAGGGUUAGAUCCUUAUCCUGUCAGGAGGACUGCAGGGCUAGGGUUAGAUCCAGAUCCUGUCAGGAGGACUGCAGGGCUAGGGUUAGAUCCAGAUCCUGUCAGGAGGACUGCAGGGCUAGGGUUAGAUCCAGAUCCUGUCAGGAGGACUGCAGGGCUAGGGUUAGAUCCUUAUCCUGUCAGGAGGGCUGCAGGGCUAGGGUUAGAUCCUUAUCCUGUCAGGAGGACUGCAGGGCUAGGUUUAGAUACUGACCCUGUCAGGAGGACUGCAGGGCUAGGGUUAGAUCCUUAUCCUGUCAGGAGGGCUGCAAGACUAGGGUUAGAUCCUUAUCCUGUUAGGAGGACUGCAGAGCUAGGGUUAGAUCCUGAUCCUGUCAGGAGGACUGCAGGACUAGGGUCAAAUCUGGAUCCUGUCAGGAGGACUGUAGGGCUAGGGUUAGAUCCUGAUCCUGUCAGGAGGACUGUAGGGCUAGGGUUAGAUCCUGAUCCUGUCAGGAGGACUGUAGGGCUAGGUUUAGAUCCUGACCCUGUCAGGUGGACUGCAGGGCUAGGGUCAAAUUUGGAUCCUGUCAGGACUGCAGAGCUAGGGUUAGAUCUGGAUCCUGUCAGGAGGACUGCAGAGCUAGGGUCAGAUCUUGACCCUGUCAGGAGGACUGCAGGGCUAGGGUUAGAUCCUGAUCCUGGCAGGGGGACUGCAGGGCUAGGGUCAAAUUUGGAUCCUGUCAGGACUGCAGAGCUAGGGGUAGAUCCUUAUCCUGUCAGGAGGACUGAAGGGCUAGGGUUAGAUCUGGAUCCUGUCAGGAGGACUGCAGAGCUAGGGUUAGGUCCUUAUCCUGUCAGGAGGACUGAAGGGCUAGGGUUAGAUCUGGAUCCUGUCAGGAGGACUGCAGAGCUAGGGUUAGGUCCUUAUCCUGUCAGGAGGACUGAAGGGCUAAGGUUAGAUCCUGAUCCUGGCAGGGGGACUGCAGGGCUAGGGUCAAAUUUGGAUCCUGUCAGGACUGCAGAGCUAGGGUUAGAUCUGGAUCCUGUCAGGAGGACUGCAGGGCUAGRUUUAGAUCCUGAUCCCGUCAGGUGGACUGCAGGGCUAGGUUUAGAUCCUGACCCUGUCAGGUGGACUGCAGGGCUAGGUUUAGAUCCUGACCCUGUCAGGAGGACUGCAGGGCUAGGGUCAGAUCCUGAUCCUGUCAGUUUGAUUGACACGCAGUUCUUAAUCCACAGAGUGUAAUAAGACCUGGUUCUCAGUCGUCCUAUAACCUGUAACGCUGGGUUGCUGGUUCGAUCCCUCUUUUCAGCCAUCUCAGUUGUUGUGGCCUUGGGCAAGACACUUCACCUUCAAAUAAGGCUAAAAAAGUGUAGUUAUAAAGUGUUUGUAGUACAUUUACCAUUUUAUUUUGUAAAAACUACUAAAUUAAACUAUAUAUUCAUGUUUGUUUAAGUGUUUGAAUCAGUUUCAGAGCUAAGAGUUGA